AUGGUUAUCAGCGCCCAAGUGCUUAGUAUUAACGUUGGCGGAAGCAGCAACAACAGUAGUAACGGUAACAAUAAUAAUAAAGGAACAAAAUCCUGCAUUGGCAAUAAGAACAAAUCAUCAGGAACGGAAAAAAUUACAACUGGUGACGAAAUCGAAAAUCAGGAAGAUCAGCAACAAAAAAAUCAAGAGUGUAGCAUCAAUUCAUCGGUUGCGAAAACUCCUUCUGCAGUCUGGUUUAAGCAUCAACCGCAGCAGCAUCCUAAGUGGCUGCUGAAUUGCUGCUCAUCAAAUCUUACCACAGCUGCGCAACAAUUAACUGUGCUGAUUGAUAGUAUCAGUAUCGGUAGCUGUAUUCCGAAUCCUAUCGUGACACCAACGACUAAUAUCUCUAUCAUUGCUACUGCUGCUGAUAGCAGGAACACGACGAUACCAGCAACUACAGCGGUUUCCACAACAACUGUUCCUGACACUACGACAGAGCAGGAUAUGAGCCGAGAGAGUCGUCAUGUCCAUGUAAUCGGCCUACCGGAUAGUCUUUCGGAUGAACGAGUUUCAUCAUUUUUUUCCACAUUUGGUCGUGUGCAAAAAGUGGAGCGUUUGGGUACCACUGGUUUUGUGGUUAGCUUCAUGGAUGUUCGGUCGGCACAAAAAGCUCAUUCAGCGGAGCCGAAAUUUCAAGGCCACCAGUUGCGAAUCGCAUUUCACGAACAGAGCAAGAACGGCUUGGUGAACCCAACAACGCCGAGUAACGCAGCUGGACUUGGCUCGCCUCAGAAUGCAAGGAAUGCUAGCAGUGGCAGUACAACAACCGAUUCUCAUCGGCGUUCAUCCGAUCACCAUUCACCGAAUUCAUCCUCAUCAAAGCAGAUUCAGAAAGAACGGAUAUCACAACAUCGACUGUCAUCAUCACGGCGACAAUCUCGAGAACGAGAACGUGAUAGAGAGCGGGGAAAUUCAAGCAGGACUGAUGAACGAUCUCAGCGAAGCAGGAUCUCAGGCAGUAACGAUCGGCGGACUGGUGCUGGUGGUGGCGAUUCACGAACUUCACGGCGGUCACGUCAUUCUCCGCGCGCAUCUGCAUCAUCCGAUUCGAGUCGUGAUUCAGGAAGCCCAAGUGGAUCAUCUGGACACCAUCAUUAUGCAUCCAACACUCAUACUGUGCAAUCAACAAUUAUCAAGCCAGGAGCAUCAGGUUCGCGACGCAACGAUACAAAUGCAUGUAACGAAUUGCCUGCUUCAUGUGGUAACCAUGACAGCCUAUCAAGUGCCUCACAGGGCUUUCAAGGUAUUUAUGUGUCCAAUUUGCCAUCUUCGCGUACAGAAGGCUUUCUGAGAGAUGGCUUGACGAAUUUUUUUAAAAAAUUUGGCAAAGUAGUUCAUAUCAUGUUUGAGACGGAGUCUGGUCCAAAUUUUGUAGAACAACGUCGAGCACUCGUCAUUUUCCAGAGACUACUGGAUGCUGACAAACUCAAAGAUGUUCAUCACUUGUUUGGAUUGCGGUUGAAAAUCAGAUUUGCAAGUCAUACUGCUGUCACAGAAGCUUACAGCACUUAUCUGACAACAAAUGGACAGGAAUGCUUGUCAUCUCAAGAUGCUGCUUCAACAUCGGGUUCUUCCGUAGUCGAUGCGCUCGCUAACCGAGCUUCUCGAACUUUAUAUGUGGGCGGUUUAGAAAGACGGACAACGGAUGAUUCUCUUCGUUCUCGUUUUAGCUGUUUUGGGCAUAUCCUAGAAACAGAGGUUAAGAACUGGGAAAGUCCAUCACCGUUUGCUUUUAUUCAAUUUGCUGAUAUACAUUCAGUUGUCUGUGCAAUUAAUGCUCAUGUUCAAACGGCACAUUCAUCAAGUGCCAAAAGCAAAUUAAAGAUGAAUUGGGGACGUACAAUCGUUAGUAAUAAGAUUUGGAUUGGCGAGUUGCCGUCUAGUUGUUCAGCAGAUUAUUUGCGUGAAAAGAUUCGAGUAUCGUUCACAGAUACGUUUAAUGAAGUUAUAUAUGAUUCGCGUCAUCGGGAAGCUCUUCUUUUGUUCAGCAACAAUGACAGUGCCCAGAGAGCAUUUUCAAUGAUUAAAACAAAGCAAGUAGCUUUUUGGAAUGCGGACGAAAAAAAGGAUGUUCACGUACCAGUGGAUUACUGUUCAGAAAAACUACAUGAUUAUUUUGUUGACCGCAAAUUCCGUGGUGAAUCUGGAAAUGCUCCUGUGAAUAGUACUGGACCAAGUUCAUACGCUGGUAACAACGCAACAGCUUGUUCUAGCGGUGGUUCAGUGGUCGCAUCUACGUCUACUUCAUCGUUACUUGCACCUCCGCCUGAUCCACCAAGUCAUCUUCGUGACACAUCAUCUAGGGUUGAAUGUCGGAGGUCGAGUUCGAAUAUGCUGUCGCGGAGACGAAGAAGUGAUGAACGAGAUGGCUGUAGAACAUCUCGUUCUUUGCGAUAUUCGUCGUAUAAUAGAUCUCGACGACGGCGUGAAAGGACUAGGCGAAAUGAUAUAUCGCCUUCGUCAUCAUCAACCUCUUCAACGUCCAGUGAUUCUGAUGUAAGUAGUUCCAGUACGCCAGAUAGGAAACGUACGGGCCACUCGAAGAGUAACAUCCAACGUUUGCACAGAGAUAAGACCCCAGUAUAUCCUUCCAGUUCACGACAACACAGUUCUCCUUCCAACAAGUCUGAACAAUCUAACAGUACCAUCGGAAACACGCUGCAGACAGUUGCAAGGCGUAGCAGCUCAAGAGCGAGCUUAGUGCAGCUGCUCCCACCUCCCAUGCCAUCGGCACAAAUUCUGAAUCCUAUUAUAACAACAUCAAACGAUAAGAAACAACAAGAGUAUCACCAACCAAUAGAACCAACUACAAAUGAACCAGAUGUAAGGUGCAUCGAUUUUAAGCGCCAGCAGUUUACGCCAUCAUCAAGUUUGUCAGUUGAUAGUGAACUGUCUCAUGAAGGAAACGGAAAAUCGACUGCAGAACAGCGAAGCAAGAAAACGGAACAGCAGCAGCCUGAUUCGAAGCGAUUAGAAAACAAAGAAUCACAUGAUAGUGGGCUUUAUAACUCUGGAACAGAAGUGAAUUUUACUGCAAACGAAAUAAAUACGAUUACGUCAAAUCGAAUUGAAGAAAUUGCUAACACUCUAGUAAACGUACUGCAGCAUCAUUCCAAAGCAUCUACAUCAACUACAACCAGUGCACCAUUGGCUAUAAUGAGUGGUAGUCAUCAGAGUCAUUCGUCGACUUGUUCAAUCCAGCGAUCUAUUGACGAUAUUUGCAACAGUAGCAGACAUCAUUCCAGUAGACCGUCUACUUCUCUGAAUAAACGCACCAAAUGGCCAUGGGGAAAUGAUCCGAUUAAAAAUCACUGCGCGAUUCCGUUGGAUGGGAGUGCUAAUCGAGGUAAAGAUCCGCGUCAUCGCAAGUAUUCGUCGCAAGCUUCCACCUCAUUACCAUUACCAAAAUUUGUGCAUGAACAUCAUUCUGCGCCAAGCUCACGUCGGAAUAGCAUACCGGAUCCAUUUCGUUCCCCGCAGCAACAGAGGCAAGAUUCAAAAUGCCCAAGGAAUUCUUUAUCCGCUUCAAGUUCUGGUCUUCCUGGAUGUAAUUUGAAAUGGAACGCUACGGAAAACUCACCUCCACAGAAAGUGUCCAGAGGGCGAACACAUUCAUCGGUAUCAAGAUCGGAAUCAAGCAAUAGUGAAGCGAUGCUUUCUCCUGACCCCUCAACUACGCAACCUUCGCUUAUAACAACUACCAUAGAUAUUUUUGGAGAUACUUCGCCUGCCAACAACUCGAGUGCAUAUCGCGAACGGCUGGAUGCAUUGGGAGCUACGUUUCAAAAUAUCGAACAAAAGUUUCAGAAAACAAAGCAGAAUACUCAUUUGGAUUAUGACCGCAAAGGAACAUCACAACGCAGUUAUAAAUUCGAGGAAGAACUGGAACGACUAAAAGCACGAACUGGAUCGUCUAGUUCAACGGUAGCCACCUCGCAGUCAGCAACAUCUUGUUCUCACUCCACGUCUAACACGUUCACGGAUUCUUUCACAAGAGUACGUAGUGGUAGUGGUACUACAUCAAUUUUCGAUUCAAAGGAUGCAGAAAGUCAGAAGUUAAUUCGUAAUCCACUUUCACUCUCCAUCCCAAUGCCACCUGCUCCUGUAACUUCUACUAGUUCGAGCCCCUAUACGCCAAUUUUCUAUACCACGUGCACCACUUCCUGCAAUCUUCCAUCACCACAGUUUUCCGGCGCUCAACUUAGGAAGCCUCUCCUGCCACCGAGCAUUACACAGGGCAGUAAUCAGACACCUCCGUCGGCAGCUGCGUCUCGUAUUGCUUAUCCUCCAGAUUUCAGUAUUCCACCUCCACCGCUUCCGCAACCUCCGGUACCUCCGACACUGUCUUUGACAACAUGCAAGUCUGCUGCAGCUGGUGCUUCUCUGAUCUCAGCUCCGCCUCCGCCACCUCCACUGAUAUGUAAUAGCACAUCCCAAUUUGAUCCAGCAUCAUCAUGCAUGUCUACUGUUCAACCACUGGCCCGUAGCGCUGGUCCCCAGAGCAGUACGCAAUCUUCAUCCUGGAGGACUACAACAAAACCGUCUACUCCUCCACCUCCUGCGUCACAUUCCGCUGUUAGUUCGAAACAAACCUCAGUCUCUUCCGCACCUAGCACAACAAAACCGCCAACGUCUAGUUCACUUCUUGGUAAUACCACGUUAGAAAUGGAUAAAGUGCGGUCGCGAACUCAAGGAAGUGAUAAGGUGCAGGUGAGAGAUAAAGAGCAUAUGAAAAUCAAUUCGAAGUCGCAUCUUCCUGAGAAAAAAGGAUCUAAGGAUUCUACGAACAAACAACCUUCACUGAGUGAAUUAUUCCGUCAACAGGCGCAAGAUUCAUCAGAAGUUUUUAAAAAGCAGUUGAAAAAAAUCAAGAAAGAAAAAAGUGAUGAAGCAUCGCACCACAAAUCGAAUGACGAAAGUAAAAAAGGAAUAACUGAGGCCACGAAAGAGAAACACUCAAAGUUGCCGGAAAAGUCGGAUCAAAGUGUAGCUGAGAGAGAGAAAGAUAAACAUGCUGAUGGAAAGGGCCAGUCACAAGAAACGAAGUUGAAAAUCGCUGCCCAGAAGCAGCUGAAAGAAAAAAAGGAAAAAAAGGAACUGAGAGAAAAGGACAAGGAACACGAGAGAGGAGAGCUUACCUCGGAGAAGAAAUCGCAACGACCAGUGGAAAAAAGCAUUAAGAAUAAGCCGGUGAAAGAUUGCACCAGUGCUAAACAAAGGGAAAAGAGAGAAAAGGAACAGUUGCAGAAAGAUCGUACAAAAAAAAAGCAAGAGCAAGAAAAGCAUAAGCAAAAGGAAAAAGAAAAGGAACAGAGAAAGAAGGAAUUGGCGAAGAAGAAGAGAAAGAGAAAAAGAGAGUCAAGUACAAGUUCAAGCGAAGAAACAUCAUCGUCGGAAGUAGAACUCCAUUCAUUUGAUCGAGAAUUGAAACGAUUAUUCAUGGAAGAAGAGGCUUCGGGAUCGCUAGGUUUAUCAAUGUACGACCGAGUCAAGCAGCGCUCAUCCUCGAAACCAGAUGAUACGGCCAAGAAAAAUCGGGCAUUGGAGUUGUUACAGGAAAGGACACAAAGUCGUCGAAAUAACGAACAAAAUCGGCCAAAGCGAGUGCAGCUAGAGAGUUCAUCAUCUGACGAAAAAGAUUCGUCAAACAGUGAAGAAGAAUCUGGUAGUUCGUCGGGUCCUUCAGUAGAUGUUUCCAAAGUUCGCAACAAGAAGAAGAAAACGGAAUCGAAGGGUAAAUCGGCGAGAAAAGCUAAAUCGGUUCUGCAAAAGAAGUUACUCGUUGAUGAUGAAGUCGAGUGUAAUGAUGAUGACGAUGAUGGGGUUGACAAGGAUUCGGAAAGGUCUGAAUCAGAGGAAGAACAUUCGAAACGAAGACGCAGUCGAAAAAUAGCAACAUCAAAAUCUUGUAAAAAGCAGAAAAAAACCACGUCGUUGUCAUUGGAUGACGUAUUUGGAACUUAUUCCACGGAUGACGAAUCUACAAAACAUUCCAGAGGUUCCAUCGUCCCAUCACUAUACAAGGAAAAGGAUGAAAAAGAAGAAGGUAAAAAAGCUGUCACAAAGAUCGAUGGAAAUCAGAAAUUAAAAGACGAAAAAGAGAAGGCGGGAAAUACUAGGCGUUUAAGUUUAAAGAAAGAACGCAAAAAGGAGAAAUUGGAGGAAAGUGAUGAUGAAUCUUGUGAAGAAGGAAAAAAGACUGUCCCACGAAAAGUGGAGAGCAAGCAAGUUUUGGAAAAAUCGGUUGAGAGGAAGGUUACUGGUAAGAAGCGAUGCAGCAAAAAUGAUGAAGUGUGUGAAGCUGCUGCUAUUGCAAACACUGUAGAAGUUCCAGAAAAAAAGAAGCAGAAAGUGGAGAAAUCUUUGAUUGAAAUUUCAAUGUUCCGUGAAGAUAAUAAGAAGACGACUAAAGCAAAGACGUCUACCACACCCGAACAAAAGAAAAAAAAUCGGAAACCUGGAAUUAGUGGGCAGUUUGAAAAGAAACUAGCGAAAAAGUUAAAAAGAGAACAAAAAGAACGAUAUGAGGAACAGAAACGAGAAGCAGCUAUGACGAAACAAAAAGAUGAGAGAUUACAAGAUGAAGGUGAACGGCAAAAAAUGGAUAAAGCUAAUAGUGAUUGCACUGAUGGUACGGGACCUAAUUUUGAUGAACGAAGUCCAAAAACAGCUAUUCAGAGUCAUGAAUCAUCUAGUACCAAAGGUGCUCGCAAAAGGCAUCUUAGAGCCGAAAAUUCAGAACAAGUGAAAAGGAGCAGAAAGGAGCCGAAAUCAUUGAAAGUAGAAAUGUCUGGGACAGAUUCUGAUUCUUAUGAGGAUUUGAAAAAGAAUGAUGCGUUGGUAAUGAAGCAGGAACCAUCAAGUAAAUCUCCCGAGAAUUUUGAUGCAAAUAAUAUAAGAAAUAAUAUAUCCGGACCGGAAAGUAAAAGUGAUUUGCCGUCCGAUGGUACGAACACAGGACCUGAUAUCCCACAAUUAACAAAAAUAUCAGUCGCUUCUAUGCCUGGCACGGUAGAAAUGGAGCACACCGAAAUGGACUGUGUUUCGGAGGAAUGUGCAACGAAUAUAAUUUUACAUACUACAUCGAAUGAAUAUCCUUCACCUCAGAAUACCUCACACGAUGAGUCAGAUCAGUCUAAAAAGUAUGACUCAGUGGAACAGAAGCUGGAAACCGAUAGACCCUUAGUAACAGCGGACAAUGAUAUUGUAUCCAGACAUCCUCAGGAAAACACGGAUCGCAACCAAAAUCAACCAAAGCAACAACAACAGGAGCUUUGCACAUCCGACGAUGAUGAAAGAGAUGGAGGUAGAGAUGUUGAUCGCUGUGUCAUCGGUCGUAAAAAUUCAGUGUCUUCAACGAAUAGCAGUGAAAGUGGCCAGACAAGCUUGUUAUCAACAUCAUCGGCCAAUCUAGAAACUCAGCUGGAAGAUGGUCCUGAGGAUCAAAACCAACAGCAGAUUUUAGGAUCAGAGAAGAUCAGGAUUUCGGGAUCUGCAGAAAUACUCAAGACUGGUCGUAGUCGUGCUACGGAGCAAGAAUGUGUUGAAAAGGCCGAAAACGAAGAGAAGUUGUUUUCCAGUGAUGUGGUCAGCGAAGGUGUCAUUUUUGUACCAAAUUCAGAUGCUGAAUGUUCUAUCGAUCUCACAGUUCAUGGUGCAGAUAUAGUAAGUAAUGCAGUAGUGAAGCAACAGCAGCAACCCCAAAAUGUUGAAGGCUCGGGAGCAAGUAUUUUAGACAGUGUGAAUGAUGCUGAAUCCAACGGAAGUUUCGAAUUGAUUGAUGAGGGACGAGUUGGUGAUGUUGAUUCAUUGCCGGAUCAAGAUAUUGAUAGUGAUUCUGGUGGUAUCAGGCAACAACAACGCCGAGAAUCCACUUAUAAAAUCGAGCAUCUUCAGAAAGAAACGGUGAUGGAAGUAGAAGAGCAUGUGGAUGGUUCUGAAUGUAUUGCUACCGUUCGAGUGCAAGAUGAUGUUCACGAUGUGCAGGAAACCGAAUUUGCUGUGCAGUCGAUUGUUUUAGACGAUAAUCGAAGUCAGCAUAGCGGUGAAGAUGGUAGUGCUGCUAUGGAUUAUUUGAGUGAAGGUGUUGGCAGUACAAAUUCGAGACGUGCUAGCCUGACGGAUACAGCAGGAAUUGCGGAUUUGAGUGCGAAUAAGCAGCAGGAAGAGAGCGAUUCUCAAGAUAAUGCAGAUGUCGACAGUGAUGACAUUAUUACAUCGAAAUUAGCAACAGAUGCCGAACAUCAGGAAAUGCAACUGGAAGAUACGGAUGGCAAUAAAAGUAAAAUGGACACAGAUGAUAAGCGAAGUGAUUCACAUCUUGACGAGGUGAUUGAUGACGUAGUGGCCGGUGGGUAUAUGGAAGUAGAUGCUGAGCAACUAAUGCGUAUAAACUCAAAGAAGGCAAAAGAGGAAGCAGUUUUACGAGCUGCGGCUGCGUCUACGCAAGGAAGCAUCACUCAGAAAGUUCUACCGUCGACAACUUUCUCAAGAGGUGCCGAAACAUCGCAAUAUGAUUAUCAAAGUGCUGCACAUGGACCGUCGCAUACCCAGCAACAACAGUAUGGAAGCAGCGGUUAUCAUAUGCAACAAUCACAACAACAGCGCCAGUUGCAAAUGCCGCAGCAGAUAACUUUGCAGCAGGGCCUUUUGUCGCAACCGCCUCAGCAGCAACAGCAGCUUCAGCAAAAUAUUGUCCAUGGUAAUAGUCAUAUGGUACUGCAGCAGCAACAGCAGCAGCACAUGGGUCAAGCUAUAAUGCAACAACAGCAGCAGCAGGGUACUCGUCUAACGACUUAUCAACAGUCACAAUCACAGAUCAUGAAAGUUCCUGAAACGACAUAUCUUCAACAGCAACACUUACCUCCGAUCGAGCAGCGAGUACAGGGAACCACUGCGAUACCGCAGCAGCAGCAAUCACAUCCGCUGCAGUCAAAGAAUGUAGCAACAGGCAAUUUACCAUCAUAUUACUCAGGUAGAAAUGCUGUUCAGCAAGCUGGCACAGCCAGCUUUACUUCACCUCAGAUGCCGCUUCAACAGCAACAACAGCAUUUGUUCCUGCAGCAACAGCAAACCGCAGAUAACAUGCAAAAUAUAGCUAAUGCAGUAGGUGCUGGUGCUGUACAUGCUGUGUCGCAGUUGUCCGAUGCGCGCCAACAAGUUGUGCAGGCAACGCCAUCACAACAGCAAACAACCCAGUUGGUAGCUCAAUCACACCUGCAACAACAGCAAUCGAUAAAUUACGGUUCACCUAUGAUGAGUUCUACAUGUAGCACUGCAGCAGUAGUAGCUGCACAGAGUGUAGCUGCUGCAUCCAGGCAGCUAGAUUUGAACAAACAAAUGGGUUUAUCAACAACGCCGCUCCAAGAAUCGAUCAGUAGCAGUCCCUAUGAUUUAUAUGCUAAUCUACCGAAGAAACCGGCAACCGGAGCAACACAACCACAGCACCAACAGCAGACUCAAAUAACUCAGCAGCAACAACAGCAGGGGAAAGUUUCCGCAGAAGUGCGCCACAAUCAUCCAAUUCCAUCACCGCUUGCUGCACCAUUAAUGGGACGUACUGGGGCUACGCCUUCGAGUGCAACUGCAUCAAAUUUGCAAGCUAGUCGAUCAAGUGCAUCGACAAAUACUGCACAUCAAAUAAAUCGUACGGUGCAACACCAACAACAACAACAGCAGCAACAACAACUUUCGCCGACUGCACAGCAAGCGGUUGCAUUUGCAAUCGGUUUACCUGGCACAACUUCACCAUUUACUCAAAUGCAACAGCAAUAUUUACAGCAGAUGUAUCGUUCAACACUCUUUAAUACUUUCCAAGCAGCAGCAGCAACAAGUGCCUACAGUGGUGGAAACGUAGCUGCGGCAGCAGGAGCAUAUGGACCAGGUGGUUAUUCAGGACCAGCGAAUAAUCCAACAGCAGCAGCAGUCGCCGUUGCCGCUGCAGGUGUACUGCCUGGUACUGUACGACAAGAUACCCAGCGACAGCAGCAACAGCAGCCGCAUUUAGCGGAUCUUCAACAACAGCAACAGCAAUAUUUGACGUCUAAUCUGUAUCAACAGUCUUCGCCAGCGACUACACUUUGUUCUCCACAGCAAGCUAAUAUUGCAGCUCAACAACUGAAUUCUCUCUACGGUGCUGCCACUGGUGCAUUUCCGAUUUCGUGCGAGUCAUCAUUACUCUCUACACAGCAGAUGACUGGGCAAUCGGGAAUAUAUCAUGUUGGAGCUGGACAACGUCAACAAGAUGUCAAACAAUCAUCGAAACAGAAACAACAGCAAGCGCAGCAGCAGCAGCAGCAAGUCAAAACUUAUGCUGGUCUACCGGCUGCAUCGGUUAUCGCCCGGUAUCCGGUAAUGUGGCAAGGAAUAAUUGCACUUAAAACAAACGAAACUCGUGUGCAGAUGCAUAAGGUUGGCGGUAAUGCUGAAAUGUGCAAACGUUCAUUAGAUCAAUUUACAACAACAUCAAAUCAUAUGCCAUUAAUAAGAAUUAACCAGCGAAUGCGUAUGGAAGCGGGUCAGCUUGAAAGUGUUCAAUGCAAAAUGAUGGAUGAGCAUUCGUACAUCGCGUUGAUUUGUCUUUCAUGUGGUCCGAGCAAAGAAGAUAUAAAAAGUCAGUCCGAGCUUCUCAAAGAACGUUUUGUUGAUUACUUGGAAUCAAAACAAGCUGCUGGAAUAUGCAACGUUGGCAACGAGCAGAAUCCGACGCCUAAUACUAUUGUACACAUCUUUCCACCGUGUGAUUUUGCAUCUGCAUUCCUGCAGAAGAACAGUCCGGAUUUGCUGGAAAUAUUCAGGCAACAGAAAGCUAGCUAUUUAUUCGUCGUCAUUACGUCUGCAAAUUAG